AUGAACCGCCAGCAACCUUCCCGUCUCCUCACCACCUCGGCUCGCGUAUACCCCAGCGCCCUCCCCCACCUCUACCAAGCCUCCAACAAAUCCUCCAAGGGUCUCAAAUGGCUUCCGCCCCUAGUAGGCAUCCUCGCUGUCGGCUACGGCAUCACCACCUUCCGCGAAAUUCAAAUGGAAAAGCGGGUAGCCGCCAUGGAGCAAGCCGAGCUCGAGAGGCGGCGUCGCGCCAACAUGUUGGCGGACGCCUACGGCGACCGCGGCAGCCUUGAGGAGCUGGAGCGGGCUGUUAGGGCUUAUGAGGCUCAGCAGAGGCAGUGA